AACCCGACUCUUGCUUUACGAAUUCCGAGGAAAGCCGAAGAGAACUCCGGAAGUGGUGUAUCGCGCGAGUGGGUAUACAAUGGGGGAGACUGCAAUAGACCGAAUCAAAUCGUGUGUCAAUUUAUUUUAAACAACUGAAAUAAGAACACCGUUGAAACCAGCAUUAUACGAUCCCCUGUUCUGAAUCCAGUGCUGUAGAACUCGCCAGAAUAAAGAGCCCUGCUACAAGGACACUAUGGCGACAUACCGUUGAUGUAGAAAGCAGGCAGCAGUGAGGGACAAUGCCGUCUUCAGGUCAUCGGCUCCGGGAUGUGGAGCACCACCCUCUUCUCAACAAUGAGGAGGACUUUGAUGGGCCGUCCUCCGAGAGCGAGCUGCCUGACCGGGUCUGGUUCAUCCGGGACGGCUGUGGCUUGGUCUGUGCGUUCAUCACCUGGUUCCUGGUCCUAUACGCAGACUUUGUGGUGACUUUUGUCAUGCUGUUGCCUUCCAAGAGCUUUUGGUACGCCUUGAUCAAUGGAGUCGCUUUCAACUUCCUGGCAGUGCUAGCCCUCACGUCCCACCUCCGGACAAUGCUGACAGACCCUGGAGCUGUGCCAAAGGGGAAUGCCACUAAAGAGUACAUGGAGAGCCUGCAGCUAAAGCCAGGAGAGGUCAUUUACAAGUGCCCCAAGUGCUGCAGUAUAAAACCUGAGAGGGCACACCACUGCAGUAUUUGCAAGAGAUGUAUUCGAAAGAUGGAUCACCACUGUCCCUGGGUAAACAACUGCGUUGGGGAAAACAAUCAGAAAUUCUUUGUACUCUUCACAAUGUAUAUAUCAAUCAUCUCUGCUCAUGCCCUCAUCUUAGCCGGCUUUCAGUUUUUCACCUGUGUCAAAGACCAGUGGACUGAAUGCAGCGACUUCUCCCCCCCUGCAGCAGUGAUCCUGCUGAUCUUCCUGUGCCUGGAGGCGCUGCUCUUUCUCACCUUCACAGCUGUGAUGUUCGGAACUCAAAUCCACUCCAUCUGCAAUGACGAAACGGAAAUCGAAAGGCUGAAGAACGAGAAGCCCACCUGGGAGCGGCGGGUGCGCUGGGAGGGCAUGAGAACGGUGUUUGGGGGCCAGCCCUCCCUGCUCUGGAUCAACCCCUUCGCUGGCCUGCGACUGCGACACCUGCAUUCCAGGACAAGAAAAGGAGGAGCAGAGUUCUCCGUCUGAGCCCCGUCACACACUGUUAUAUACCAAUAUCCUGUAUGUGUAUAAUUAUACAUGUACAGUACAAAUACACAGAGACAGUCAGUCUCCUAUAUGUAACAUAAUAUUACUAUGGACUGCAUCUGUAUUUUAAGCUGGGACUAGUUAGUUGUUGCUUGCCUUCAGCAAGACCUGAGUCUUAAUACUUGUGGAUGAGCAGGAUCUCCAUGAGAUUACCUGAAUUGCAGUACAGCUGGAAUUUUUUUUUUGGCUUUUUUUUUUUUGCUGGCGUUUUGAUUGCUGUUUUGCUUUUACUUUUAAAUGAAGACUUUUUUUUAACAUGUCCUAAUGUCUACCCUAAAGGAACUCAACCAGUGCUUUGAAGAGACUUUGCUUUUGAUAAGUGGCCAGUCUUAAAAGAUGACAAAAUAACCCUGGUGAAGUUCAUUGUGGGCUGUAGGCACCUGUAACAAAGAUGCUAGUUUGCCAAAGGCACUGGUCUCGUGUGCUGGAUCAUCCUGGAUCAUUGCUGCUGACUCGCUCAUUAACAGUUCUCGGGCCAGUUGUAGGUCUGCAAUAUGUAAUGAUUGCUACUGUGUCUGUGUAAAGAGCUAGUUAGGAAACCACUAAUAUACUGGAAAAAAAAAAAAUCUUGCUCAAGAGGUUUCACUAUUAUUUUUAUUUUAUUGUGUGUUUGAGGCUUAAAGGAUGUAGUUCUAGUUUUAGCAGAUUACAUCCACAUUUUAUGAAUGGACGUACUAAAUUACUUUAAUUAUAGCUGUUUGUGUUUUAUUCUGUAAUCGUUCAUGUAUAUAUUUUAAAACAUCAAUCCUCAAUGCUUAGGCGUCCGAUUUGUUUUACCAGGUUUCAUUUUGGUUUGAGUCAGACUGAAUUAAUUCCAGGGUAGUGUAUUGGCUUAGACUGGGUAUCUGAUUUCAGUAUUUCCAGGCAAGUUUUCAAAGCUACAUCGUAUUAUAGUCAUCAUCCAACAGCUGAGACAGAAAAUGGGAGGGGGGUAGAGGGAUUAUAUAUAUUUAUCUAUAUCUCAAUGUUAGUUUUCUCCAUAAAUAAAUUAACAGAAUCUCCUGAUGAGAUACGUGUUUAAUAUGGCUUUGCAAAUAGGCAUAAUUUGUUAUAAAAAUAUGUAUUGGACACAAGUUUAAUUUAUAAACAAGCUAAAAUGUGAGAUAUUGCAUCUUUAUGCUGUCCUCGAAGUAUAGGAACUUGAUGCAGACUCCUUCUGUUUGGAUGAUGUCAAGCAGAACAGCUGCACAGAGCCCUGUCCUUAAAACAAAGUGAUUUAGACAAAAUCAAAGCAGAUUAGAAAGAUUUGAGUAGUUCACAGGAAAAGAGUGUGCCGCAGAGCGAUGAAAUUUGGUGGCAGACGAGUACCCAUGGGUGAGAUACGGCUGGUACCAUGCUUCAGAAGAGGUGCUGCCUGUGUUGCCUACGAAGUUUCACUGUUGUAUGGCACAUAUAACUGGCUCAACAUUUUUUUUUUUAUUAAACCAUGUAAAUAAUUUAUGUACUGUAAUAUUUGCAUACAAUCGGGUAACCUUUAAAAAUAGUUUCCUAAUGCAUAACAGCUAUCAACUUUAUACACUCAGCAAGAGAUAUUGCUAGUCACAGAGUUUGGAUUUCAAGUGCAGUGGUGGAAUUGUACCCCACCCCACCCCCAUCCUCAGAGAGCACACACUAUGCCUGUUUUAUGAUGUCUGACCAUAAAAAUGUACAAGCAAAGUGAAUGAACAAAAUAACCAGUAGAUAAUUGCUUACUUUAUUCAUGUACUCUCGAUUUAAAGCAAAUGCUGCACAAUCAUGCAAUUCCCGUAGACUAUACUGUGGUGUGCAUGCUCGUCAUCCCUGCAUUACUACUGCUGUUUAAUAGAAAAUGAACAACUGUGUCAGGUUUGGUAUACUUCUAGAAUUUGUUAUGAGCGUACUAUUUAUGUUUUUUUUAUUUUUUUGGUCACCUUAUUUGAACUAUACAAUGUAUAUAAGUCAGAAUUCAAGAAUACAGUAUUUAUCAUUUGAAUGAUUAUGGCUUUUUUAAGUUAGCAUUUUUGUAGAAAAGGGUGUGUGUGUGUGUGUGUAUAUAUAUAUAUAUAUAUAUAUAUAUAUAAUAUAUAUAUAUAAUCAUCUGUAAAUCCUAUUGCUGUGCUAUCACUACUGUUUUGUUUGAGGAAAACUGUAUUAAUAUUUGGUUGCCCAUUAAGCCAGACAGCAAAUGUUUUCAAGUUAUUUUUUUAAAGGUUUAAUUGAAGUGAAUUUAUCUGAACUCUAAAGUAUUCCUCCUCUGUUGAUUAUUACAUGUAUCAAUAAGAAUGAUCGCUGUAGUUUAUUCUGUAUUUAUAAGUUCAGUAGUAAAAGGAACAGAAUUACAGAACAGAGCUACCUUGUUAUAAGCCGGACCAUUAUACCGCAGGACUGGUUAAUUUAAUUUAUCUAAAGCGACUUACAGAAAUUAAACAAAAUAUAAAAAUAAUACAUUAAAAAAUUAUGAGGUAGCAAGAAGAAACAACUCCAUUUACAGAUUUGAGUUGUAACCCAUUGGAAGCAUCUUCUGGUUGAAUCAAUUUUGCAUAAGUUUUUUUUUUUUACAUUUUUAAAAAAGUGCCACAGAAGUGUGACUGAUCUUUAGUUAUUUUGAGUAGAUCAUUUGAUAACAUUAUACACUGUUGUCCUCAACUGUAAUAAAUUGCUUAUGCAGAACUUUGGACUGAUAUGGAAAAGCAUAAUGUAACUUGUUAUAUUACCAUUUCAAUAAAUGUAUUUGGGCAGACUGGCAAGAUGACUAUCGUAUUAAAUUGAGGGAUGCUUGUUCGUUCCCCUAAAAAAAAAAAAAAAGCCUGUUGUAUGUUAUCACUUGGAUUUGAAAAGUCUGUUUACAAAAUAUCCUAGUUUGUUGCAGUAUCUUUUUUUAUGUAUGUAAGCAAAUAAAGAAUUGUACAUUUGUUGUA